AUGCCUACCAGGGCUCAAAGCCAUAAACCGAGUAGUGCCCGCCACGCGCGUACGACUUCAUGGUCAAGUGGCUUUCACCAUAUAACCCCGGGUAACGGCAACGGCGAACCAUCCGACUCUCAACCACCCCGACGCCGCCGCGAGUCUCAAAUCUCUCUCGCCAGUCUCGACGAGAGACCCUCCUCCCCCGAUUCCGAUUCCAACACCUAUACCCAAAGCCCCGAUGACCACGAUAUGAUCCGGAAUACUUCAAUGGAUAUGGACGUUCAAAAGCGCCAACAUGUUCGCAGCCGCUCCCACAGUCAGCCCCAUUUCAUGGGUAUGCAGGACGUAGACCGGCCUGCUGCUCAGCCCUCCCGCCCUGGCCCCGUUACUUGGAUGUCACUACCGCGGAAAGGACAAUUGGCGCUUCUGGGUCUCUGUCGAGUCUUUGAUUUCUUACAGGUCGCUUCGUUGCAGGCUUACAUGUUCUAUCAGCUUAAGUCCUUUGAUGAGAAUUUGUCCGACUCCGAUGUUGCGACUCAGGCUGGUAUUCUUCAGGGCGCUUUUACCGCAGCCCAGUUUGCGACGGCUAUUCCUUGGGGACGGGUUGCGGAUGCUGAGUGGGGCGGUCGUAGAUUCGUACUGCUUGUUGGUUUGGUUGGUACUGCGGUUUCUUGUUUGGGUGUUGCUUUUUCGACGUCUUUUGCGCAAGCUGUGUUUUGGCGCUCGUUUGGUGGUGCCAUUAACGGGACUGUUGGUAUUAUUCGAACUAUGAUUGCGGAAAAUGUCAAGGAGAAGAAGUACCAUUCUCGCGCUUUCUUGAUUCUGCCUAUUGGAUUUAAUGUUGCUGCAUUAUUUGGUCCUGUCAUGGGUGGUAUGAUGGCCGACCCUGUAAAAAGCUACCCGCUCUUGUUUGGCCCUAACUCGUCUUUCGGAGGCGAACAUGGUGUUCAGUGGUUGGAGAAAUAUCCUUACUCACUGCCCAUGCUGGCUAACUUCAUCUUCUUGAGUGUCUGCGCUUGUUUGGUGGGCUAUGGCCUGGAAGAAACCUUACUGGCUUGCAAGGGCAAGCCUGGCGUGGGGUCGUUUAUUAUGAAGUUCUUUGCGCGCAGCGUGAGGGGAGUUGUUGGUACUUCCUCGCCUUUGUACACCAAGCUCCCUUUCCGCGAUUACGAUGAGGACGGUCCCCUACUUGCCGGCGCCAUGGACCGCUCCGAGAGCUAUGAAAUGGAGGAGAAGGCCGCUAAGCCUAUGCGCAUGAAACGCGUGCUACCAUUCAAUCAAAUCUGGACCAAGAACGUCUGGUGCACUCUCCUGGCCCAGGCUUUCUUCGACUUCCAAAUGGGUGCAUUCAACAACCUCUGGCUUCUUUUCCUGUCUACCCCUCGCUACGAUCCCGCCGACCCUGCCAGCCCCGCUCAGAGCCUGCCUUUCAUCUUCACGGGUGGCCUUGGUAUGUUGCCACAGAGUGUCGGAUUUGCAACUUCCAUCCUCGGAGUAAUUGGAAUGUUCCUUCAGUUCACCAUUUACCCCUCCAUCAACGGCCGUCUGGGCACAGCCAAGAGUUACCAAUACUUCCUCUCUCUCUUCCCCCUCGCCUACGCCCUAGCACCCUAUAUUGCCUUAGCACCAUCUACCAUCCCUCCACCCGGCCAGGCCAACGGCCCAUGGGUCUGGUUCUGGAUUAUCAUCGUCCUCUUCUGCCAGGUCACAGCGCGAACUUUCACCCUCCCAACCUCCAUCAUCCUCUUGAAUAACUGCUCACCGCAUCCAUCGGUUCUCGGCACAAUCCACGGUAUCGGCCAAUCUGUGUCAUCGGCCUUCCGAACCAUCGGCCCCAUCUUCUCGGGUGCAUGGUACGGUUACGGUCUUGAUAUUGGCAUGAUCGGGUUUGCCUGGUGGUUGAUUGCCUUGGUAUCCGUGUUUGGCUGCGUUGCUGCCAUCUUCGUGUACGAGGGCUCCGGUCAUGAGGUUCUUCUUCCUGGCGAAGAAGAGGACGAUCUUGAUCAUGGUCAUUGA